UAAUGCAAAUAAACUGAUUGCAAACGGAGCUUUCCCUUUGCACUUUGCAGCUGCCUGGGGUUUUUUGAGUGGCCAAGCCUCAGAUUUCUGUCUUUUUUUGCAGAUCUGCAGAAUAUGGCGUCCCUGUCCUGUUUUAAAAAUAAGCCAGGCUGCCAUUUUUGUUUUUCUUUUGUCUGAAAAUUUUAAUAAAACUGUCUGAGAAUGUGGGAGAGGCAGCUGAAAGGCAAAAGGGGCACCUAAAGGGGUGGUUUUUCUUUGCUUUGCGUUUUUGUGUUGUUGCAAAGAUCUUGCUUGCACGGGGGGGAUACAAUGUAAUUGGACUUUUAAAAAAGGAAACAGUCAAACAUUUCUGUGGGAGGGGGUUUAAGAUUUAAAGUUAACUUAUGCAAAAGUUUUUUUAAACAGCCUUUUUUAAAACAAAAACGCAAUGAAAAACCCUGCUCUGUAUUUUCUCUUUUUCCCUUUGGAUUAUUUAAUGGAAAAGUUAAUUGAAUCUGAAUGUAGCUAUUUUUUAAAAAACAGAUGGUUGUGAAUGUUGCAUGUUGGUUAAAAGCGAUUCCGUUUUUUGGGGUGGUGGUGGUGAAAAAGUGUUUUUUUUAUAUUUUGAUAGAAAGCAAUAUUAUAAACGGAAUGUUUAACCAGGAAUAUUUUGCAAUUGCACGUUAGCAGGAAUGUAGUGUUUUCAGAGUGUGGAAUCUGCAGUUUUAGAAACUGACACAAUUUUUCGUGCCGUUGUAUAGAGAGGUCUGUGCAUAUGUGAACAUGUAUUUAGUGUGUGCUAUCUAUGUGCAUCGUGUGUACAUGCAUUUACUAUUUAUACAGGCAUAAUUUUAAGUACAUGUUGGAUUGUACAUACAGUCUGUUCUAGAAUAUUUAAAAGAGAGUCCGACUAAGAGAAGUAUUCUAGGAUAUAAAUGCUUUAUUUUUAGAAAAGCUGCUCAUUCAGAAGUAUUGUACAGAGUGUAGUCAAGAGCACACAUCCUUCUCAGAUGCUACUGUAUGAACAACACCUUGCGCGCAACAUCUGUGCUCUGCUAGCUCUGGAGAUGGACAGAUGUCAGGGGAAGCACCGACAGUACAUACAGAGCAAAGACGAGACAGAGGGGGCUGCAAAAGUAGAGGAGUCCCCGCUAGAAGUGUAGCUUGUGUUAACGGCAGUGGUAGGAAUUGGUGAAGGCUAGUGUGCUUCUGGGACUGGGGCUUUUGCCCGCCUGCACCAGGAGGGAUCGUCCACCUCCGCCAGCCUGGAGCAUCAUCUACACGUCUCCCCAGGCAGCUGCGGCCACCUGGCUUCUGAGGCCAGCCUGAUGGCGGAGCCUCGCUUUAACAACCCCUACUUCUGGCCGCCCCCUCCCACCAUGCCCAGCCAGGUAAGACCCCCUCCCUACCCUGCAGCCAGAGAAGCGAGGAGGGGCAGCUUUUUGCAGUCGUGGGUGAGAUCCGGCUGCAGAGCAGCGCGAUCCCAGCUGGACAACUUGGUUCUGAUCAAUAAAAUCAAGGAGCAGCUGAUGGCAGAGAAGAUCCGGCCCCCUCACCUGCCCCCCACCUCGGUGUCCUCCCAGCAGCCCCUGCUGGUGCCCCCCUCGCCUGCAGAGAGCAGCCAGUCCAUCAUGUCCCUCCCCAAACUGCAGCAGGUCCCAGGGCUGCACCCACAGGCCGUCCCCCAGCCUGACGUGGCCCUGCAUGCCCGGCCGGCCACCAGCACGGUCACAGGUCUGGGGCUGGCCUCCCGUGCCCCCGCAGUCAGCACCUCGGAAUCCAGCACUGGCACCAGCACCCCCUCCACUCCCACCUCCACCAGUCAGAGCAGACUCAUCGCCUCCUCGCCCACCCUCAUCUCAGGGAUCACCAGCCCCCCGCUCCUGGACUCCAUCAAGACAAUCCAGGGCCACAGCCUGCUGGGGGCGCCCAAGUCAGAGCGAGGGAGGAAGAAGAUCAAGGCGGAGAACCCGUCGGGGCCGCCCGUCCUCGUGGUGCCCUACCCCAUCCUGGCCUCGGGCGAGACGGCUAAAGAGGGCAAAACCUACAGGUGUAAAGUCUGCCCCCUGACCUUCUUCACCAAGUCGGAGAUGCAGAUCCACUCCAAGUCGCACACAGAGGCCAAACCCCACAAGUGCCCGCACUGCUCCAAAUCCUUCGCCAACGCCUCCUACUUGGCCCAGCACCUGCGCAUCCACCUGGGCGUGAAGCCGUAUCACUGCUCCUACUGUGAGAAAUCCUUCCGCCAGCUCUCCCAUCUCCAGCAGCACACCAGAAUUCACACUGGCGACAGACCCUACAAGUGCCCACACCCUGGCUGUGAAAAGGCUUUCACGCAGCUCUCCAACCUCCAGUCACACCAGCGACAGCACAACAAGGAUAAGCCCUACAAGUGUCCGAACUGCUACCGGGCGUACUCGGACUCGGCAUCGCUGCAGAUCCACCUCUCUGCACACGCCAUCAAACACGCCAAGGCCUACUGCUGCAGCAUGUGUGGGCGGGCCUACACCUCGGAGACGUAUUUGAUGAAGCACAUGUCCAAACACACCGUGGUGGAACACCUAGUGAGCCAGCACUCGCCUCAAAGGACGGAGUCCCCCGGCAUCCCAGUGCGGAUCUCACUCAUCUAAUCUGGGGCUCCCUCGCCCACCCCUACCCUGCGCAGCUCUCCUCCCCCCAAUUCCGGAUCGCCAGGGGCCAGGGGGCGGCUUGGAGACGAUCACACAGACCACCCCCCCAGCACCGCCACCGAGUGCCCGCGCCUGCCGAGCCACGGGGAGCGACUGCGAAGACACUCAUCUUUUGGGAGAAAUAAAUGAAUGAAUUAAUGUUUGGAAAACACCCCUCGGCCCUGGUCCCGUCCCCAGCACCCUGCCGGGAGAACCAGGGACUCGUCCACAGUUUUGGUGAAAUCCAAAGACUAUUUCAGAGCACUUUGAAUCUCUGUGUUUGGUUUCUUCAUUUUCUUUCUUUUUUUCCCCUUCUUUCUGCCCCCACCCCCAUCCUCCGUGCUCCUUUCUGCUCUCUUUUGGAUACAAGUAGAGAUAUAUAUAUAUAUAUAUAUAUUGGCCAAGAAGUUGGUGCUGCUAAAACCGAAAACCCGAACUGGACAGAGAAGCGCUGGAUGGCAUGGCGGGCAGGAUCCAGGGCCUGGCACUCGGGCUCCUUCAGCCUCAGGAUGAGACUCUGGGAUGUGCCCAGCCUGGCGGUUGGUAUCUGCUGCCCCUCCUGGACUCUCUGUUGGGAGCCAGCGUGAGGCCAGUUGAGAGGGGAAUGGGUUAACCUGUUGGCUGGAGAGGUGAGAUCUGCGGCUCUGCUGGCGUGGGGACAGGCGCUGAGCAGCAGCCGCAGGAGGGAGACCUUUGUUCUGCAGACGUCGCUGUUCCCCGCUGGGGCUUGUCCCUCUGCCGCUUUGUCUAACCUCGUUGGGACGUUUUGGUUGUUUCCUUUGGUUUGUUUCAUUUGUCCUGGUUCGAGCUGCACAGGACUGGCUGGCCCUGCGGCCGCGCCGUGGUCCGUGCACAUUUCACCCGCGCCCUCUGCCCGGCUGGGGUAAGUGUGGUGGCUGCCGGAGGAGGCGCUCAGCCUACGACAAGGACACAGCCGGGGCUGGCCACGUUCAUCGAGGGCAGGGCUGGCCAUGCCUGUGCAGAAUCCAGAGAUGCAGCCCAUGGAGACCACAGGUCCCAGCAUGCCGUGCUCUAGUUUGAGCUAAGCAGUAUCCCACCAGAUCGGGAAAGUGCAUUGCCUGCUGGGAGCUGUAGUCUAUAGGAGUGGGGCAGCGAGUCAGGCAGACUGUGGCCAGCUCUGGUAUAGUCCCAGCUGUGGGGCUCCCCUUUCCAGACCCCAGCUCUGCUAGGCCAGCCAUGGCAUGUGGGAGUGGAGGGGCACUUUGGCCAUGAUGCUGAGGAUUGGGGGGCGGGGGGGGGGGGGGCAUGGGGUUUCACAGCAGGAGUUUGGGAGCCUCAGCUGUCCACGGUCCGCUGCCCUUUCCCUCCCCCCCAGCCCCCCCGAGUCCACCUGGUGCUAACUAGGGAUUGUCCUGAGCUAUGAAGGGGCGUUCGCUAAGGAAGAGUGAGUGUGAGAGACGGGGGGGAGGGGUACUCGCCGCAGGUUAUGCUCUUUGACGUGGAUUAUUUUUCAAUCUCUCUUCCCCACUAUGGGCAUCUAGUGCUGCUGCUCUGGAAGCCCGGGCACCACAGCAGCCCGGGGCAAGGGGGCAGCCUGGGGUCUCCUCUGUCUCCAUUACCUCCUGGAGCCUGUGUUUGCUUGACGAGGGGCUGGGCCCCAGGCAGAGUGGUGCAUGUGGGAGAGGUGGGUCUGCCCCAUGGGAAAGCUCCCUCCAGACCACCCCUACCAGGAAUGUCUCCACCCCCUGCGCCCCGGCUCUGCCCCUCCCUCUGGGUUCCCAGCAGGGCACUGGCAAACACUUUCUGCACCUUCACAGGAUUCACAUAGAAACCCCAUCCAGUCCCUGAACCCUGUGGCAGGGCUAGCGCUGGCUCAGUCCCUGGGGCUUUGGCACCAGCCAGCUGCCGUGAGAAUUUCCCUUUCUCCUGCUGUGUCUGUGCAGGAUGGUAAUGAAGCCACCUGCAGAGCACCUGUUGGCUGGCACAGUAACACCUGGAACAUCUGCUGGCUGGGCACAGCUCCCGUUAGCCCUAUCCACACUAGGGCCUGUGACUGGCUCCAUUUCUGGCCCAGCUGUAACCCUGCCCAUGCUCAGAGCACCUGUCAGUUGUUCUGAACUUGGCUGACCCUACCUUGGCUCAGCCAGGACCAUGGUUUGGGCUGUAGCUUGUGCUCUGUGAAAUGGGGCCGAUUAGAAUCAGGUUUGAGGGUCACUUGCAAACAGGGCUGUACUGAGCACAGGAGGGCUCUGCAGGACUUGGGGAGAUCAGCAGGGGAUAGCCUGCAUUGCCCCCACUCCCUGCUGCUGGCAUCGGAGGUGAGCUGUGACAUUAGCACCGCUUGGAUCUGAAAUUCUGAUCCUUUGGGGUCUGAUUCUGCUGCCAUGACAAAGCUCUCCCAGAGGUUAGUGGGGCAGGAUUAGGCUGUGAGCCCCCCUGGCUCCUGGGAUGCAGGGAACAAACCAGCUCCCUCCUGAGCAAACUAAAACACUAAAGGGGAAGAGGAAAGCCAGCGUGCCCUGGGGGCUGGGCCCAGUAGCAGGGACUGGCAGUGCCUGAGGGGGCUGACUUAGUCUGUCCUGGGACCGUGUGGCUGGUCAGACGGGCGAUGGGAGAAACGCAGAGCGGUCUGUAUUCCCGGAGCGGCGUUCCUUCCCCACCUCCCCUGGCACCUCCUGGAAAUCAGCCCCCCAGCAGUGCAGUCCCCUGGCAGGGAACCUUGGAGCAGGCUUAGGAGGGAGAAAUCCAGCAACAAGAGACACGAGGCCCUUCCCUUCUCUGGGGUCACCUCAUUGGGUACAGUAGUGGUACCACAGGCAUGGAUCCCACUGCCCUCCACGUGAUUCCCUCGGGGCACCUGGGCACCAGCUUGAGCUCUGGCCUUUGGGGGACUGAGCUGUUUUGGGAGCUGCAGAGCCUGCUCUCAGGCCAGCUGGACUGGACGGGGAUUCCCCCAGCCAAGGGUGCUGUGAUCCGCCUCUCUGCCCUGCAGAAUCCCACAUACCAGACACCGAGAAGCAAAUGCAGCAGGAAGAAUGAUUUGCAAUGUGUAAAUACCUCCAAUGGAGCAGCUUUGGAGGGGCCUGGCCCAGCCAGAGUCAACGGCAGCAGCAGGCCCUGCAGGGAACAAAUACACUAGGGCAGCGUUUCUUGGGCGGGAGCUCAGAGCUAACGCAGCUCAGCAGGGCCAUGGUCGGAGCUCGCACUGAUGGAGAGCUCACCGCUGCUCCAGCUGGAAGCACUGGCUGGCUGCUCAUGCACUAACCCAGCUUCUCCCAGCAGGAGGCGCUGUGCAUUGCUGGAGAGAACAUCCUCCCACGCAGGAGGGGAUACAGCCACCUGUGGCCACUUAAGCCUUUCACUGCCAGAACAGAAACCCUCCCAACCAUGAGAGAUUUAUAAAAGCAGAGCAGAUCCCUCCCAUCCCUCUCCCCCUCCAGCAGCAAAUCAUAGAUCCCUUCCUGUUGGGUGAAACCAAUUCAAUAUAGUAUUAAAGAAGCAGCAAGCAGAGGGGCUUGCCCUCCUCCCUGUUUGGAAAGCCGUGCCCAUGCCUGUGUGUGGCUGGAUGGAUACAUGGAGUUAUAUAAAUAUACGUGUGUGUGUGUGUAUAUAACACCUAUGUAUAGAGACGGAAGAAUGCCCCACGUCCCCCAGCCCUCUAAGAAAGACUAGACAAAAACUCAUAUAUAUUAUGUACUCUUUGGUUCCGUUUUGGAUAUUAACUGUUAUUUUUAUACACUUUUUAAGCCUUAACUAUAUCAUUGUUUUACCAGGUUGUUUGUUUAUUGCCUACUCUGUUUAUUAAUUUGAUUCUCUUUUUACCCUGCCCUCUGCCCUGACCUUUGUUUCUGAAUCGAUGUUGUACGAUAUUCAAUAUUGUAACCUUUUUGUCAGCAUGUUAAUACUGUGUAAAUAUGCCUCUUAUACAUACUGUUAACACAUCUUUUUGUUUUAUUUUUUUUCUAUAUGAAAAUCCAGGCCACGUGUCUCUAGAUCUAGUUAUUACCUUAUUAAAAAAGAAAAAGGAAAAAAAAAAAGGAUUCUCCCUCCCCCUUCUCUCUGUCUCGCAUUGUGGUUAACGGAAAGACAUGAGGAGGCUGCGGCUUCCGUAUCGAAAGUUUGCAUUAUGUUUAAAAGAAAAAGAAUUUAAAAAAAAAUUCAAAACAAUUUUGCUCUUUGUAUUUCUGUUGUGAAACAAAAUAAACUGUACAUGCAAACUUCUGAA